UCUAACGUUAGCAAGAUAAACGUUGCUAUCCUGACCUGGAAUCAUCGUGCCAUUUAAUCGAAUGCGUGUCCGAUUGUACAGUUAAUUUGAUCAAGUUCAUAGGUCUGACCAGGAGAAUAAAUAAUCAAAAGACGGUAAGUCUGGCAUAUGGCAAAAAAUAAUAAAUACAUAAAUAACGUAAACAACAGUCCACCGGGUUAGCCAUAGUUCACUAAGUAAACACCCACAUGUAGAUAACAAAUCUAGAUCUUCAAAUCUUUGUAUUCAGCAGAGCCAGAUUCAAAGGUGUUUGCGAGUCAUUUAACGUUACGAUUAAUGUUUCGUCGCCUGUAUUAAAUCACGUGAUUUAGUUGUGUUUGAUAGAUAGAUAUAUAGAGGAAAAGGCGGCCGCAUCAUCAUCGGGUCUGAAUGCAUCGCUAUGUGCAAUUACAUAUGCAACUUUUUAGAUAAAUAGUUAGUUGUUUUUAAAAGCUCUGUAGAAUCGAAAUAGUCUUCUUAAUAUGUAAUUUAAGCCGGUGUGAUUUGAAAAUGAAUUUGAAUGGGUCAGCCAAUGAUGUGAACUCUUCAGCCAUUUUCGGUUUAGAAAUAUUAAUGACUUUACUAUAAUUCCGAAACUUAGAGUAUUGUGCUUGCUUGUCAAAUAAAGGCAAGCAAGUAAUUAAGGGGUGGUUAGUCAUUGGAUGGUCAUUUAUUAACAGCUAAAAAGCAGGUUAUAGCAUUUGUAAACAGCAAAAUGACAGCAUGUUACAGUAAUUUGUACUUUGAGCUAGUCACCUCUUGUGUCUUGUAUUAAAGAAUGUUGUUCUUUCACUGAAUUGUUAGUGGUGAUCCAGUAUGGCAGAAGCUCAUCAGGCUGUGGCCUUUCAGUUUACUGUCGGCCCUGAUGGCAUUGACCUUCAGCUCAGUCAUGAGGCCCUUCGGCAGGUCUACCUCUCCGGACUUCACUCGUGGAAGAAGAAAUUCAUUCGCUUUAAGAAUGGGAUUUUGAAUGGUGUUUACCCAGGGAGUGCACCAGGGUUCAUGCUGGUGUUGGCAGGGUACUUGGGAAGAGCUCAUUAUUUAAAAGUGGACCCUUCUUUAGGCCUGCUCGUCAAACUUGGCAGACAUGUCCCAGUCAGUAGGUACAUGUCUGUACAAAAGCAGAUGUUAGUUGGGGGUGUCAUGGUGGGCACGGGUCUGUGGAUUGCCAUCAUAUUCAGCAUGAGGACUGUCCUGAAGGGUCUGCUGUCUUGGCACGGCUGGAUGUUUGCUCCCCAUGGCAAAAUGACCUGGCAAAUUCGACUAUGGCUGAUUCUAGUGAACAUUUUUUCUGGAAUGCAAACACCAAUGCUAUACAGCUUCCAGAACUCUCUCCCUCAUUUACCUGUGCCAUCUGUGAAGGACACCAUGAGAAGAUAUCUUGAGUCAGUUCAACCACUGCUGAGCGACGAGGAACACCGAAGAAUGCAGAGUCUUGCACUUGAUUUUGAGAAGAACCUUGGACCAAAACUUCAGUGGUACCUCAAGCUGAAGUCUUGGUGGGCCACCAAUUAUGUCAGUGACUGGUGGGAAGAAUAUAUCUACUUGAGAGGUCGUGGGCCAAUCAUGGUUAACAGCAACUACUACGUAAUGGACUUUCUUUAUGCCUUUCCUACACAUCUGCAAGCAGCAAGAGCCGGCAAUGUCAUUCAUGCAAUCAUGCUUUACAGGAGGAAGCUGGACCGGGCUCAAAUCAAGCCGCUUAUGCUUCAAAACACCAUCCCUAUGUGCUCGUCCCAAUAUGAGCGCAUGUUCAACACCAGUCGCAUCCCAGGCAUAGAAACAGACACAGUUCAGCACAUGUCUGACAGCAGGCAUAUUGUGGUGCAUCACCGAGGCCGUUACUUUAAAGUAUGGAUGUUUUAUGAUGGGCGGUUACUGUUGCCACGGGAGAUAGAGCAGCAGAUGGAGAGGAUUCUGGCUGACACCUCAGAGCCGCAGCCUGGAGAGGAAACCCUUGCCGCCCUCACUGCAGGGGACAGAGUGCCUUGGGCGUGUGCCCGUAAUGCCUACCUCAGACACGGCAAGAACAAGAAGUCUCUGGAUACUGUGGAGAAAGCCGCUUUCUUUGUUACACUGGAUGACACAGAGCAGCGCUAUGAUCCAUCAAAUCCUGUGGAGUCCCUGGACCAUUACGCUAAAUUGCUGCUCCAUGGGAAGUGUUAUGACAAGUGGUAUGAUAAGUCCAUAAACUUAAUUGUCUUCAAGAAUGGAACCAUGGGCCUUAAUGCAGAACAUAGCUGGGCCGAUGCUCCUAUUGUUGGCCACCUCUGGGAGCAAGUGCUCUCGAUGGACCCUGUUAAGCUGGGCUACACAGCAGAUGGCCACUGUAGAGGAGAACCUCACCCUAAUCUUCCUGGACCUCAAAGACUCCAGUGGAAUAUUCCACCUGAGUGCCAGACUAUGAUUGCCAACUCUCUGUCUGUGGCUGUGGCUUUGGCUAAUGAUGUGGACUCGCACAUCAUCCCCUUCAGUGACUUUGGGAAAGGCCUGAUCAAGAAGUGCAAGAUCAGUCCUGAUGCCUUCAUCCAGCUUGCACUGCAGCUGGCUCAUUAUAGGGACAAAGGAAAGUUCUGCUUGACUUAUGAGGCAUCCAUGACCCGUUUAUACAGAGAAGGCCGUACAGAAACUGUGCGCUCCUGCACCAUGGAAUCCUGUGCUUUUGUCCGUGCCAUGAUCGGCAACAAAACGAGAGAAGAGAAACUUUGUUUACUAACCCAGGCCGCUGAGAAACACCAGCAGAUGUAUAGACUGGCAAUGACUGGUCAGGGCACUGACCGCCAUCUCUUUUGCCUCUAUGUAGUGUCUAAGUACCUUGGACAGGACUCCCCAUUCCUCCAGGAGGUGCUGUCAGAGCCUUGGAGACUCUCCACUAGUCAGACUCCUUUGCAGCAGGGGGAGCUGUUUGAUCUGGUGAAUCACCCAGAGUAUGUAACCACUGGAGGAGGCUUUGGACCGGUUGCAGAUGAUGGUUAUGGUGUGGCCUAUAUGAUUGUUGGCGAAAAACUCAUCAAUUUCCACAUCUCUUCCAAGUGUUCCAGUCCAGAGACGGACUCUCAUCGCUUUGGAAACAAUAUCAGGCAAGCAAUGCUUGAUAUGCUGAAUCUGUUUGAGCUUGACAAAAAGACCCUAAAGUGAUUUGAUUGGUGAAAGGAUUAUGCUUUUAAUGACUCAAUUCACCUUAAUUAUAUAUGAGCAGUGUUGAGAGAAGCUUGAAU